UCAAACAUAUUCGUACUCAUACUGGGGAGAUGCCCUUUGCAUGUCCCCAUUGCCCACAUCGCUCGGCACAGAAAGGAAACCUAAACAAUCACAUUUUCAAUCAUCAUGGAAAGGGUGGAUCUGGACAGUGAUGCCCCAAGGACAAGCAAGAACGGAACUCCUGCAGGUGGGAGGGGACUUGGAGCCACCAACAGGAUGCACCAGUGUCCAUAUUGUGAAUAUACUACCUACUUCACCACUAACUUGAGAAACCACAUGAGGAGACACACAGGCGAGAAGCCAUACUCUUGCCAAUACUGUGCCUAUAGUGCUAUUACAAAGCAGAGUUUAGAAAGGCAUUUACGCACUCACAACAAAGGUCAAACAUUUGCAUGCCGUUUUUGUCCAUACACAACUGACCAAGAUGUGCUUCUGAAAAGGCAUGUGUCGUGUGUACACUCAGGAGAUAAAUCAUCAACAUGCCCACACUGUUCCUAUCAGGCUGUAGAUAGUGAUGAUUUAAGGAAUCACAUAAUGAUUCACCAUAAUAUUCAAAGUUGAUGCAAUCAUUAGAAGGAUCUGUAGCAAUUUGUUUUUGUUUGAUAUGUUUCAUGUUGGUAUUUUUGUCAUGAC